AUGUCAUUUAAUGUUGCAGGAAGUGAAAGACUUAAUUCCGAAGAACUUAACAGAUUUUUGAAAAGGAGAUUAAACGACAUUGACAGUCAGAUAGACGCGUUAACUGCUGAAAAAGUCGAUGGAUCAUCCUUUUUUUAUUUAACACUUGAAGGUCUUAAAGUUUAUGGAAUACCUCUCGGAGCUUCCGCAAAAAUUGUAAAUUUGAUUAAGGACAUUCAAGAAGAAUCCCCUAGUAACCGAAGAAAAUACGGUAACGAUGAUAAAAGACUGGAAAGGUUUUGGAAUUCUUUGAAGGAUGGGAAAGUGAAAAAGCAUAAUAAUGACCAGUUCCUUGAGUUACCCAUGGACGUUUACUAUCUUCUAGGCAAAGAUGAACAAGGUUCCAAUAUCUCUACUCUUUUCAUCCGUGAAUGUUAUUACCACCUGAGUGAUAUUAUUUUCGAGAAUGAAAAUAUUCAUCGUUGGCGUAUUACCGGCAAUCCGGGAAUUGGGAAAACCUUCUUCGGGUAUUACCUACUUUAUCUCCUUUCGCAGCAAUGUAAAACAGUUGUAUAUCACAAACUCGACAUGCCUCCGAUUCUCUUUAGUGAGGAAGGGGUUUUCCGUCAGAUCAAAGACAAUAUUCAUGCAUUCUCAGAUUACUUGGAACAUGAGGAAACUUGGUAUAUCGUGGAUGGUAGGAAACCGAUGGAAUAUCUCGCCAAGACAAUUCUUGUAUGUUCGCCCCAGAAAAGACACUACAAGAAUUUUGAUAAGCGUGGAACGACUAUUCGGUAUAUGCCGGUAUGGUCUUGGGAAGAGAUUGAUGCAUGCAGGAUUAGGCUUUUUUCUCAUCUUAGUCAAAGAGAAGUUCGGAAAUUAUACAACAAAUGGGGUGGAAUUCCUCGAUUUACCUUGUUUUGUGCUCUCAAUGACUCUCAGCAAGAUCUUCUUCAGAUGGCAAUUAACUCAUAG